AUGCCCUCUCCAACCAACCCAUUCGGACAGUCCCCAAUCCCAUGUUGGUACCCCUCCCCCAAACCACCAGCCAACGUAUACGACACCCCCAUCACCAUAAUCGUCGGCCACCCCGGUUCCGAAAAGACCUACCACAUCUACCGCAGCCUCCUCUGCCACCGCUCACGCUACUUCGACCGUCUGCUAAACGGCCCCUUUGCAGAAUCCGGUGCAAACACGCUGCGUCUUAAACACGUGAAUAGUGCUACAUUUCAGGUUUUCUACGAUUGGAUAAACACUGGUGUUGUUGAUUUUACAACUUCCAUAGCACGCACACUCACUGAUAGACCCACAGACGGAGCAGACGCAGACGCAGACGCAGCAACACCCCUCCUCAUCCUCUCCGCCUACACAUUCUCAACCUACCACCUCAUCCCCCUUUUCUCCACCGCCCUCCUCGACGUCUUCUACACCCACACCAUGCAAACCCAGCGCCUGCACGCAUGUCUGAUACCGGUGCUGUAUAAAUACACUACCGAGGGCGAUGCGAUGAGGCGGCUUUUUGUUGAUCUGUGGAUUGAAAGUAGGGGCGCUGAGGGGGUGGGGAAGAAGGUGUUGGAGACGUUGGAGGGGGAGUUUUUCGUGGAUUGGGUGGUGGGGUGUAGGGAGAGGGGAUUGGUGUUGGGGGGGAAGGGGUGGGAGGAGAGGAUGAGGAGGGUGAGGAGAGGGGGGUUUUGUGCGAGGUAUCAUCGGCAUGGUUAG